CCAUAGCUCUAGUGUCUGGCCUAAGAGAUGCCCUUCACCCAUAACCUCAGGCACCUACAACUCCGGAACCCCAGCCCUGGCCAGCAUUGCAGGCUUGGUCUCCACCCAAACCUUCCUUCUGACUCCACACCUUGGAGGCUCCCCCACCACUCCACUGCCUUGCUCUUGCCCUCUAGUCCAUUGAAGACUUGUAAAACACCAAAUACCCCAUGUACUACCCCCCACCUAGAGACUUUCCAUGGCUCCUCAGUGGCCCAGGACAAAGCUCAUACCUUUCAGUCAGGCCCCCACAGGCCCCACUGAGGGCUAAAGUGCUGACAAGAGGAGCUGCUCCCUGACUCUAAGGCAAGUUCUUACCAAGCACCUCCUCAACCUUGCAACAUCUUUACCCAUGACACCCCUCAGAUGACGAGGCAUGCCUGCACUGCUCACGUGAAGCUCGGCUUCUGUCUGCACACGCUGGGCUUGUGACUCCAAGUUUUCCAGGCUAACAAGGGUCACAGGACUCACAUGGGGAGAGAUGACAUGUUUCUCCAACAAACUUUGCUGGGCCCCUGCUCAGUCUCAGGCCUGGCUGCUGGGUGCCAGCAAGAGCAUCCUGCCCUCAGCAAGAAUGGCUGAACUCCGCUGGAGCUUCAGAAAUGUCAGGGAGAGUCUGCCCAGGACCCAGGGAGGGUCUAUGCCAGGCUGGACAUCCCUGGGCCGCUGACUGUGCUCCCUGCACCCCAACAUUCUAUUAUGAAUAUUUGUAAAUGUAACUGAAAAGUAGAAAGAGUUGUAUAUUGAAUACCCUUAUACUGUCAGGUCACCACAGACCUGACAGUACUUUGUUAUAUUUGCUUUAUCAUCUAUCCAUCCCUCUAUCCAUUAAUUCAUCUCUUUUUUUUUUUCUUUUUUUUUUGAGACGGAGUCUCGCUCUGUUGCCCAGGCUGGAGUGCAGUGGCACAAUCUCAGCUCCUCCACCUCCCGGGUUCACGCUAUUCUCCUGCCUCAGCCUCCUGAGUAGCUGGGACUACAAGUGCUUGCCACCACGCCCAGCUAAUUUUUUUUUUGUAUUUUUAGUAGAGACAGGGUUUCACUGUGUUAGCCAGGAUGGUCUCGAUCUCCUGACCUCGUGAUCCGCCUGCCUCGGCCUCCCAAAGUGCUGGGAUUACAGGCGUGAGCCACCGUGCCCGGCCAAUUCAUCUCAUUUUUUGACUGAUGCGGUUUCUUUGAGAUGGGGAUCUAGCUCCAUCGCCCAGGCUGGAAUGCAGUGGUGCACUCAUGGCUCACUGCAGCUUGGAACUUAAGGGCUCAAGUGAUCCCUCCUGCCUCAGCCUUCUGAGUUGCUGGGACUACAGGUGUGUACCAUCAUGUGCAGCUCAUUUCUUAAUUAAAAAAAUUUUUUUUUGUAGAGACGGUUUCAUCAUGUUGCUCAGGCUGGUCUCAAACUCCUGGAAUCAAGCCUCCUACCUCUGCCUCCCAAACUUUUGGGAUUACAGGUGUGGGCCACCACACCCAGCCCUGAUCUGUUCCUGAAUCAGUUAAAGCCCUCACAUUCCCGGAAGGAGGCCAGCCAACGCACCUGUUAGAACUUUGCACACAGGGUGUCUUCUCCCUUCAAGCUUGGCCUGCAGCUCAGUAACAAAUGGGCUGCAGACACCAGGGGCUUGCCCAUGGGAGCCCCAAGGCCUAAAGAGGGUGGCAGAGAUUUGAUGUCUGUCACUCUCCACCUGCAGCCUCAGUCCAGGGUCUGCCAGGCACCAAGAGUUCACACUUUGCCCUCCUAAAUGCCAGGCCCUUCAUAAGUAUCAUCUCAUUGUUAAGAGUGGGGGCUUCAGCGCCAGACAAAUGAGGGUUUGUGUACAACUCAACCACGUGCUGGUGGGAGAGUCACCAUCUCUGAGCAGACCUGUGACUCCUGUUCCAAACGGAUGAGGAACCACUGAGAUGAUGUGUUAGGACUCCCAGCCUGCCAGAACCUCACAGCCCCUGGCCCUUCACAGCAGUCGACCACCGUGUGCAUUCCUUCCACCAGUCAGAACACCCUGGACGCUGAGCGGCCUUCUCUGAGAGCCUGGUGCCUUUGAUAGCCCUGGGUGACUCCUCUGAUCCCAGCCACCAGGUUGUCACUAUAGACCUAAUUUAACCAUCUGUCCUCGGUACCCAGGGCUCAACAUUUGGAAUGGGAGGUGGUUCUGGGAGCCAAUUAGAGGCCAGGCUUUGGGAGGUGGCAGAGGUGAGAGCCUCAUACCUGGGCUCUGUCUGGCAAGUCUAGGCCUGGGUCAGGGGACCUUGGCCUAAAGGGCCUGUCUUGCCUGGAGCAUGGGAGGGGGCUGAGUCUACACAGCUGGCCUGGCCUCAGGCCUGGAGCUUUAGCUCAAGGACGAGAAGACCCAUAAAGCCAGACCCAGCUCCCAACCUCACAUCUGCCACGAUGUUGCUGCCCAGCCUGACCCUAAGCCUGGUUCUCCUCGGCUCCUCCUGGGGCUGCGGCGUUCCUGCCAUCAAACCGGCACUGAGCUUCAGCCAGAGGAUUGUCAACGGGGAGAAUGCAGUGUCAGGCUCCUGGCCCUGGCAGGUGUCCCUGCAGGUACACCACCGGAGGGCCCUGACCCCGGACAGCAGCGGCUUCCACUUCUGCGGUGGUUCUCUCAUCAGCCAGUCCUGGGUGGUCACUGCUGCCCACUGCAAUGUCAGCCCUGGCCGCCAUUUUGUUGUCCUGGGCGAGUGUGACAGAUCAUCGAACGCAGAGCCCUUGCAGGUUCUGUCCAUCUCUCAGGCCAUUACACACCCUAGCUGGAACUCUACCACCAUGAACAAUGAUGUGACGCUGCUGAAGCUCGCCUCGCCAGUUUGCGUGGCAUCCUCAAACAAGGCUCUGACUGAAGGCCUCAUGUGUGUCACCAUCGGCUGGGGUCGCCUCAUUGGCGUGGGCAAUGUGACACCAGCACGUCUGCAGCAGGUGGCUUUGCCCCUGGUCACUGUGAAUCAGUGCCGGCAGUACUGGGGCUCACGUAUCACUGACUCUAUGAUCUGUGCAGGUGGCGCAGGUGCUUCCUCGUGCCAGGGUGACUCCAGAGGCCCUCUUGUCUGCCAGAAGGGAAACACGUGGGUGCUUAUUGGUAUUGUCUCCUGGGGCAGCAAAAACUGCAAUGUGCGCGCACCUGCUGUGUAUACUUGAGUUAGCAAGUUUAGCGCCUGCAUCAACCAGGUCAUAGCCUACAACUGAGCCCACCACAGGCCCCUCCCCAGCUCAACCCAUUAAAGACCCAGGCCCUGUCCCAUCAUGCAUUCCUGUCUUCCUGGCUCAGGAGAAAGGAGAGGCUGUU